AUGCUAGCCAAAGAAUCCAGGCCAAUGUUGGACGGCAUUUUGUUCUCAUCGGCCAUGCACUUGACGAACUUGGGUCACUUGAGCCACAGCGCUCUAAAACCAUACCGAUCGGCUCGUCAAAAGUCUUUCCGUGGCGCGAUACAAGCUGGAAAUAAUUAUUGGGCACUUGGCCUGACAGUCCUACUCUCUAUAGCUAUGGAUGUGAUAGGGACAGGCAUGGACUUAUGGAGCUCUAAGCUUGCUGGCUGUCGUAAGCUUCUUGAACUUGGGCUGACCAAGUCUUCAGACCCAAUUGACGCGGGCCAGAAAUGCGCGUUGAUGCAAUUUAAUUGGAUGGUUACUAUGGGCAAGACACUGCUCAUGGGAGUGCGACCAUUGAGGUCCCUGGAGGCUCUGGAUUGUAUACACAGAGAUGAGAUCUAUAGCGAGCCACUUGAUGAUAGUGACAUGGCCUUCCAGCAGCAGCACUGGUGGGCCAACAUGCCAGACUUCCGCAUGCACCUUUUGCCACGUGAGGCAACAGAUCUUGCCGUUGAGGUGCAGAAGGCCAAGGACAAUGGAGAUGUAGCUACCAUACUAAGAACCAUGCCACAAGUAGGCGACCUCGUUCAGCGGAUACAAAACUGGCAUCCUGAUCCAUCCACCGUUGCCCCAGAGUACGCAGAUUCGGUGGUUCACUUUAAUUGUCUCUGGAGGCAGGGGCUUCUUUACUUUGUGUAUCACGAUAUCUAUCAUCUCGACUCAAAUGACGAGAGAGUCCAAGGCUGCGUUGAGAGUUCAGUCAGUUCCCUUGAGAGCCUAAGUUGGUUUCAAGCCUGCCAAUGGCCUAUCUUCAUGCUUGCCGUACAUGCGAAAACAGAGCGAUCGAGGAAUUGUUUUGAAGUAGGCUUUGUAGUGAUGCAUGCGACACUUGGGUUUUCUGCGCCCAAGAGUCUUGUCUUGGUGUUGCAAAGGAUAUGGCAGGCAGCUGACGCAGGUGCUUCGAAAGGAUGGACAGAUGUGGUGGAGGAAAUGGGCAUAGAGCUUAAUAUUCUACUGUAA